GAAGCUUUGGAGAUGCGUGGGAACGUUACGUAUAGAGGUGCCUGAAAGUGAGAAAGACGCCGGGCAGCCCAAGGUAGGGGGGAUGAUUGACGGCAGACAGCCCCGCCCCUUUCCCCUCCAUUCCUUCCUCUCCUAGUGUAGGGAACUAUCUUUUGAGUGCGACAAGUUGUAGCGGGCACCGCUGUUUUCCUUUGGGGCACUUUUAUCUAGAAGCUGAGUUAGUUUCUUCCAAAAUGAGCCACUUCGCCCCCCUGGCCCGUCCUCCUGAAUAAGGAAGCAACCGCCAAGCAUCAGCGGAGCCCUGAUGAGCCUGGGCUGUGAAGCCGCUUAGCUGUCUCCCGGGACCCAGCUCCGGAGGAGCCGCAAGCAUGCACCCUGGGUUGUGGCUGCUCCUGGUUACGUUGUGCCUGACUGAGGAACUGGCAGGAGCCGGAGAGAAGAAGUCCUAUGGAAAGCCAUGUGGUGGCCAAGACUGCAGUGGAGGCUGUAAAUGCUUUCCUGAGAAAGGAGCCAGAGGGCGACCAGGGCCAAUCGGAAUUCAAGGUCCAACGGGUCCUCAAGGAUUUGCCGGCCCUAGUGGUUUAGCAGGGUUGAAAGGAGAAAUGGGCUCCCCAGGCCCCCUGGGACCAUAUGGACCAAAAGGAGAUAAGGGCCCCAUGGGAGUGCCUGGCUUUCUCGGCAUCAAUGGGAUUCCGGGUCACCCUGGACAGCCAGGGCCCAGAGGCCCACCUGGCCUGGAUGGUUGUAAUGGAACUCAAGGAGCUGUUGGAUAUCCAGGCCCUAAUGGCUAUCCUGGGCUUCUCGGACCACCUGGGCUUCCUGGUCAGAAAGGCUCUAAAGGUGAACCUGUCCUUGCCCAAGGUACUUUCAAAGGAAUGAAGGGGGAGCCUGGGCUUCCUGGACUGGAUGGAAUAAUUGGCCCUCCAGGAGCACCUGGGUCCCCAGGAGCUGUAGGACCCAUGGGACCACCAGGAUUGCAAGGUCCUCCAGGCCCUCCUGGCUUCCCUGGUCCUGAUGGGAAUAUGGGGUUAGGUUUCCAAGGAGAGAAAGGAGUCAAGGGGGAUGUUGGCCUCCCGGGCCCUGCAGGACCCCCACCAUCCACUGGGGAACUGGAAUUUAUGGGAUUUCCCAAAGGGAAGAAAGGAUCCAAGGGUGAACCAGGGCUUCCGGGUUUCCCAGGAAUAAGUGGCCCUCCAGGUCUCCCGGGACUUGGGACUGCUGGAGAAAAGGGAGAAAAGGGAAUCCCUGGUUUGCCAGGACCAAGGGGUCCCAUGGGUUUAGAAAGACUCCAAGGCCCUCCAGGGAUUCAGGGCAAGAAGGGGUCCUCAGGUUUUCCUGGGCUUAAUGGACUCCCAGGAAUUAAGGGUGAAAAGGGUGGCAUUGGCCUGCCAGGCCCAGAUGUGUUCAUCGAUACAGAUGGUGCUGUAAUCUCAGGUUAUCCUGGAGAUCCCGGUAUGCCAGGUCUCCCAGGACUUAAAGGAGAUGAAGGCGUCCAGGGCCUGCCUGGCCCUUCUGGCAUCCCUGGCUUACCAGCUUUACCAGGUGUCCCAGGUGCUCUAGGCCCCCAGGGAGUUCCAGGUUUAAAGGGAGACCAAGGAAGCCCAGGCCGUACCACAGUUGGGACAGCUGGCCCCCCAGGCAGAGACGGUUUGCCAGGCCUACCAGGCCUACGAGGCCCACCUGGUCCAGCAUUUGAGACUGAAACCCUACAGAACACAGAGCCAGGGUUCCCUGGUCUCCGAGGAGAAAGAGGUCCAAAAGGAAACCCAGCCAAAGGCAUAAAAGGAGAUUUGGGCUUUUGUGCUUGUGACGGUGGGGUCCCUAACACUGGACCACCUGGGGAGCCAGGCAUGCCUGGGCCACCAGGUCUCAUAGGUCUUCCGGGCCUUAAAGGAACCAGAGGAGAUCCAGGCUCUGGGGGUGCACAGGGCCCAUCAGGGGCUCCAGGCUUAUUUGGGCCUCCAGGUCCUGCGGGCUCCAAAGGAGAUAAAGGGGAGCCAACUUUCAGUUCUGCAUCAGGGGUGCCAGGGGAGCAGGGUGAUCCUGGCCCCCAGGGGCUCCCUGGGGAGAUGGGAGCUCCAGGCAAGGAUGGAAUACCAGGUCUACCAGGUCUGCCAGGUCUUCCGGGUGACGGUGGACAGGGCUUCCCAGGUGAAAAGGGAUUACCAGGACUGCCUGGUGAAAGAGGCCACAGUGGCCUAACUGGCCCCCCAGGAAUUGGGCUGCCAGGAUCUCCUGGACCUCGUGGGCUUCCUGGAGAUAAAGGAAUAGAUGGAUUACCAGGGCAACAAGGCCUCCCUGGGCUUCCAGGAAUCACCUUGCCGUGUAUAAUUCCUGGGACAUAUGGUCUGUCUGGCUUACCAGGAGCUCCCGGAUUCCCAGGCCCUAAAGGGGCCCGUGGCCUCCCUGGGACCCCUGGUCAGCCUGGAUUGCGUGGGAAUAAAGGAGAGCCCGGAAGUCCAGGAUUAGUUCACCUUCCUGAAUUGCCAGGAUUUCCUGGACCUCGUGGGGAGAAGGGCUUGCCUGGGUUUCCUGGGCUCCCUGGAAAAGAUGGCUUGCCUGGGAAACUUGGCAGUCCGGGUUUACCUGGUCCCAAGGGAGCCCCAGGUGACAUCUUUGGUGCUGAGAAUGGUUCUCCGGGGGAGCAAGGCCUACAGGGAUUACCAGGGGACAGAGGACUUCCUGGAGACUCUGGCCUUCCAGGACCCAAGGGUUUGCUUGGAAAGUCGGGCCUGCUAGGCCCCAAAGGUGAACAGGGCAGCCCUGGAACACCAGGCCACAUGGGAGAGCCAGGGCCCCCAGGGCCUGAUGGUCUAUACAGCAGCAUCAAGGGCAAGCCCGGGCUCCCUGGAGUGCCAGGCUUUCCAGGCCCUUCAGGACAUCCUGGAAAGAAAGGUUUAAGAGGCGAGACAGGUUCCCCUGCAUCAGCUGGAAAGAGAGGCCUGCCAGGGCUGAAAGGCCUUCCAGGAUCUCCAGGGCUGAUUGGCUUCUUGGGGAGCUCAGGCUUGCCAGGGAACACUGGGUUGCCAGGCCUGCCAGGUCCAAAGGGUGAAAAGGGGUCUGUUGGGCUGGUAGGUUUUCCAGGGAUGCCAGGUCUCCCUGGUAUUCCUGGCACGAGUGGAACAAAGGGAAUUUCUGGGUCAGCUGGAAGAGUGGGACCAUCUGGACAGGCUGGCCAUGCUGGUGAAAAAGGAGACAGAGGCGAUCCAGGGCCAGCUGGAGUACCCAGUCCAAGACCUCCCAUGCUGAACCUCUGGUUCAAAGGAGACAAAGGCUCUAGAGGCUCAGCUGGAUUGGAUGGAUUUCCCGGGCCCAGAGGUGACAAAGGAGAGGCCGGUCCCCUGGGGUCACCAGGCUUGCCUGGAGUUCCUGGCUUCCCCAGUACCAUCAAGGGGCUUAUUGGGAGGGCAGGCCUCCCUGGCUCCAUAGGACUCCGGGGCUUACCCGGCCUGAAGGGGUCCCCUGGAAUCACAGGCUUCCCGGGAAUAGCAGGAGAAAGCGGUUCACAGGGUCUCAAUGGAGCUCCUGGACUCCCAGGAGCAUCUGGUCUCCCAGGUUCAAAAGGAGAUCAAGGUCAAACACUUGGAAUUUCUGGUAGCCCAGGACUCAAGGGGCAACCUGGGGAGUCUGGUUUUAAAGGCGUGCAAGGAACCAAUGGACUGGUUGGUGAUGUGGGUCUCCCAGGAAGCAAAGGGCAAGAUGGGAAAGUUGGUAUUUCUGGAGACCUCGGCCUUCCUGGCUCCCCAGGACUCCCCGGGAUUGCAGGCAUGAGAGGGAAUCCAGGGCUUCCGGGUUCUCCAGGCCAUCCAGGGGCAACUGGGACCCUUGGACCCCCUGGCCUAAUAGGAACCAAAGGUUUCCCUGGACUUCCUGGUUUACAUGGACUCAAUGGGCUUCCAGGAACCAAGGGAACACAUGGAACUCCAGGACCUAGUAUAAGUGGCGUGCCUGGGCCAGCGGGCCUGCCUGGCUCCAAAGGAGAGAAAGGAUCUCCAGGAACUGGUAUCGGAGCCCCAGGGAGGCCAGGCUCAAGAGGGCAAAAAGGUGGCCGAGGUUUCCCGGGUCUCCAGGGCCCUGCUGGUCUGCCUGGUGCCCCAGGCCUCUCCUUGCCUUCAAUCAUAGUAGGACAGCCUGGCGACCCUGGGCGACCAGGGCUAGAUGGAGACCAAGGCCGCCCGGGCCCCCCGGGGCCCCCGGGGCCCCCUGGGCCAUCCUCCAAUCAAGGUGACCCUGGAGACCCUGGCUUCCCUGGAGUUCCUGGCCCUCAAGGGCCCAAAGGAAUCCAAGGAAUUCCAGGUUUCUCCGGCCUCCCUGGAGAGCUAGGGCUAAAAGGCAUGAGAGGUGAGCCUGGCUUCAUGGGGAUUCCAGGCAAGGUUGGGCCACCUGGAGACCCAGGACUUCCCGGGAUGAAGGGGAAGACAGGGCCCCAAGGCUUUUCCGGACCCCAAGGUGCUCCUGGACAGACAACAAUUGCAGAAGCUGUCCAGGUUCCUCCUGGACCCAUGGGUCUACCGGGCAUCGAUGGCAUCCCUGGCCUCACGGGAGAUCCUGGGGUUCAAGGUCCUGUAGGCCUCCAAGGCUCCAAAGGUUUACCUGGCGUCCCUGGCAAAGAUGGUCUCAACGGAAUCCCCGGUCCGCCUGGGGCUCUUGGCGACCCUGGUCUCCCUGGACUGCAAGGCCCUCCAGGAUUUGAAGGAGCUCCAGGGAAGAAGGGUCCCUUCGGGAGGGCUGGAGUGCCUGGGCAGAGUGUGAGAGUGGGCUACACCUUGGUGAAGCACAGCCAGUCAGAACAGCUGCCCCUGUGCCCUGCCGGGAUGAGCCAGCUGUGGGUGGGUUACAGCUUGCUGUUCGUGGAGGGCCAGGAGAAAGCCCACAACCAGGAUCUGGGCUUUGCUGGCUCCUGCCUGCCCCGCUUUAGCACCAUGCCCUUCAUCUACUGCAACAUCAACGAAGUGUGCCACUACGCCAGACGCAAUGAUAAAUCCUACUGGCUCUCCACCACCGCCCCCAUUCCCAUGAUGCCCGUCGGCCAGGCCCAGAUCCCCCAGUACAUCAGCCGUUGUUCGGUGUGCGAGGCGCCCUCACAGGCCAUUGCCGUGCACAGCCAGGACAUCACCAUCCCGCAGUGCCCCCUGGGCUGGCACAGCCUCUGGAUUGGGUACUCCUUCCUCAUGCACACUGCCGCUGGUGCCGAGGGCGGCGGCCAGUCCCUGGUCUCACCGGGCUCCUGCCUGGAGGAUUUCCGUGCUACUCCUUUCAUCGAGUGCAGUGGGGCCCGGGGCACCUGCCACUACUUCGCCAACAAGUACAGUUUCUGGCUGACAACCGUGGAAGAGAGGCAGCAGUUCCGGGAAGAACCAGUCUCUGAAACGCUCAAGGCUGGGCAGCUCCACACCCGAGUCAGCCGCUGCCAGGUGUGUAUGAGAAGCCUAUAGGAGGGGGCACCUGCCACCCUGUCCCCUGCUCUGCCCUCCAUCACACAAUAGGUCACCUCACAAACCCAAACAAGCUGAAGAAAGAAGGCCUAAAGGCCCUCUUGCUCAUCCGUCAAGUUGUACAUUGGAGUCUUCCGGGGGCUGCAAUACUGGCCACCGACCACCCCGACCCUCAGGCCCGGCCGGUGAGCUCCCCCUACUGAGGUCUGGUGUCCCACUUCAGUCAACCUGGUGCUACCAUUUGAUUCGGAUGUUCGCGUGGUUAUUCAUGGCUACCUCAGAAAGACCUGCGGGGCUACUGCUUUCUUAGACUGCUAGCUCUCCCAUCGCCUUGAUCAGAAAGCCCUUCGUGACAGCUGACAAGUCAUUUCUUUAUGUCCAGAGAUCACCACACAUUUAUUUGGCUUAAACCAGAACCUGGUGUUUCCACAUUCAGAAGGAAAAUUCUCUAAGCAUUCGUGGAUGGCUCCAGCCUGCAUGAGACAAGCUCUCUCUCUUUAAGGGGAUCCACCGUGUCUAGUCAGGUGGCAGAAGACCUGGAACAGGGUGCCAGUAGCCCGGGGGGAACUAUGAUUCCUUCAAGAGUGAGCACUACUGGGCCCCAGAGUGCUUAAGGAGGGGCUUGUUAACUUCAUAUAGCCCCAGACAAAUCACUUCCUCCUUGCUGGCUCCCUCCCCAGCCAGAGACCUAGGACUUGGCCUCAUCCAGAGUAGAGCAGAGGAUGCACCAGAUGCAGCCGGGCCAGUCCAUAAAGGGAAAUGAGAACCACAACCUUUUCUCCCAGGCUGGGGGCAGUAGAGAGGUGGAUGGGUAAGGAGGUGUGAAUUUUGCUUUUGACUCCAGGAACAAAAAAGGCAAAGCCCUUGUCUCAGUUGCUCAGAAGUCCCUGCUUUAUUCCAAAUGCCAUCCAGAUGUGUUCAGUGUGUCAAAUUGAAGCUGCAGUGUGUUGGGUCCUUUGUGUUCUGAGGCUGUUGUUAGAGACUUCCCAUUAAAAUGUCCAUCCAACUGCCCUUUCACAGGUAGCCUGUUAAACUAUUUUAAGACGUUUGUAAACCUCAUAAAAAUCUAGUAUACUCCUCUCUUUAGCAGUUGGCAGACCUAAAGCAAGUGUGAGUUGACUAUAGAGGGUAUUGUAUUCUGUUCAGGGGGAUGUGUUUUAACCAUUUCCUCCGAUUAUCAAUUUUCCAGAAUACUUAGCUAUGUUAACAUGAGACGAUUCCUUCCAGGUGAUUCUGUUUCCUUAAAUAUUAUGUAAACUGUACCAACACAAAGUAUAAUUAAUAUAAUCUGAAUUUUUGUUGCCUUCACCUCCUGAGUAAUAAGCAUGAUGUCAGGUUUGUACAUUGCAAAUAAAAGGAAUCAAACAUCAA